AUGACAAUUUCACUGGAAGAAUUUGCAACCAAAAUUUUUCAAAUUUCUGAAUUAAAGUAAGUCUACUACUUUUAUACGUAUAAAAUAUGACCUCUAUACAACGUUCAGAUUUCCUUUAAAUUUUGCGCACAUUUCGGGGAUAGGCCACAUAUCAAUCUCUGAAUUUUUAGCUCGCGCUUUCCAGGGGCAGCCGAGAUAUUGAACGGUCUUUGCGGCCGAGAGAGUACGCGAAACGCGGAGAGCGGUCAGAGGAAAAUACACAUUUUUUGACCUAUCUUUGCCAGUUCCGCGCGGAAAAAAUUGAUUUUUUGUAGAAACAUUACUCUUUACAGUAGAAAUAGGCAUGAAACUUUUCGUGUCGAAAUUCGGCAAAAAGUCGUAAAUUUUGGCCGACUUUCGAUCUAAAAAUCUCGGUAAAACACAUUUUUUUGUCAUAUCUUUGCCAGUUCCGCGCGGAAAAAAUUGAUUUUUAGUGAGAACAUUUCUCUCUCCGGUAGAAAGAGGGACGAAACUUUUCAUGCCAAAAUUCGCAAAAAAGUGUAAAUUUUGUUUCAGCAAAAUCUGAGCGUCACACUUAGACAUGGCUAGUGGGGGGCCGGGCUGGGCCGGGCCGAACGAGUUUUAAAGGCCCCGGGGCCGGGCCGACCUCUUCCGGCCCCCGGGCCGGGCCUGACCGGGGGCCCCCGCCAGGCCCCCAAUCGGCCCCCAAUGACUAAAAUUCUCAGUCUCGAAGCGAAAAUUAGGGAUGCCAAUAAAAAUAAAACGCAGAGCCAAGAACCGAUAGGGUUUUUUGAAGUAACUUUGGGCAAUGGUUGGUAAUUUUUUGUUUCAAAAAUUUUUUUUCGAUUGUUAUAACAAAAAAAUGGGGGCUAAGGUAGUACAACCCCCCAGUCCAGUUCAGCCCCCCCUAGACCCAGUAUAAAACCCAUCAUCCAAUCUGAACCGCCUACUUGGGAUUGGGUUCUCUCGGCUACGAUCAUCGUUGCCUGAACCACAAGGACGAAUUUGGACGGUAACUGAGGGUUUGAGCUAAAACGCCGGGGGUCAUUUUGCUCUAAUUUGCAUUUUUUGUAUAAUUCUAAUUUUUGAAUUAUGGGGGGUGUGAAAUGGACAAAACAGUGGGGGUUUGAACUACCUUUCGUGGGGGGCUGAACUACCAAAGCCCAAAAAAAUGUGUUAUAUCUCGUAAUGAAUGCAGAUUUUAUAUUUACAGUUCGGCCCCCGGUCGGCCCCCGGCCCGGCCCGGCCCCCAGGGGGCCGGGGCCGGGCCGGGCCGAGAAAAUUUGAAGGGGGCCGGGGCCGGGCCGACCUCUUCCGGCCCCCGGGCCGGGCCGCGAUUUUCGGCCCGGCCCGGCCCCCCAGCCAUGUCUAGUCACACUUGGGGUAUUUUGAGGUACCCUAUAAGUCUAAUUUAAGCCUGAUCUUUUCCGGUCAUUUACAAAAUCUUUAGCUUCCGCUUUGGACUUAAAAAAAGUAAUCUAAAUUUGUCCCCAAGUUUCAUCCAAAUAGUUUCAUCAAAAUUUGUAAAAAAAAAGGAGGAAUUCCUAAUUUGAAAAACCUCCUUUUUAAAAUUGCUAGGCUAAUUUUUAACGCCUUGUCUUUUCAGCCAAGUUAUAAAAGCGUUGAAGACAGAACUCUGUGACGUUGACCAUCUGCAUUUGGAAAAAGCCACAAAUUCCAAGUUUUUGGAACGAUGCGAAGAAACGAAAUCACAUUUGAACAUUGAACACAAAACUCACACCGAGGAAUUGAGAUUGAUUAACCAAGUAAGCGGAAAUGAUUUUGAGUGACUUUUAUUAAAGGGCCUGUACAGCUACUUUAAAAAGCGAUUUUCUCGGCUUGGGGUGGCUUUCUGAUAUAUCGUUUGUUUUCGUGGCGGGACGCACUGACAAACUCGGUGCGAUUUUUUGGAUCCAAGAUGAAGAAUAUUACGUGUAUAACGUACAUUGUUCAACGAAAUAUGGCGCCAAUUUGUUGUUUUUGUGUGGAGAAUGGGUAAGUUGUUGUUUUGAAAAAUUUUUGAGUUGAUUUUUAGGCAUUUUUGAUGUUGGGGAUGCUUUUUGAAAACUUUGGGAUAAAUUAUAAGGUAAAAUAGGUUUUAUGAAGUGGAAGAAGGAUAAACUUGUCCUAGAAGGUUUUGUUUCUGAGUGGGUGAAGUUAUUUCGAAUACUCUACAUUGUUUUUGACAGAUUCAUGGAUGUUUGAUAUUAUUUUAGGUAAAACUGGUUGUUGCGGAAGUGAAGAAGCCCCCAAAGCGCACUCUUGGUUAGUGGAAGGCUGAACAACAGCAGACCAAGCAGGAGUUCAAGACACGCCGGGCCAACGAGGGCCCGCUAACCAGAAAGGUGUUCAAAAACUCUUUCUCUUGAAGAAAGACAACGAGGAAGGUGGAAUAUUAGCCGAAAAACGCAUCACAUUGUAAGUUCAUUUGACAUUUUUCUUUGGCUUUUAGGAACUUCGUGAUAAGUUUGAAGAAGCACAUAACUUUUUUGAUGUUAACUUAUAUUACACAUGUCGUUUCAGAAGUGUCAAUUCUACUUCUAACCACCCCAACUGCCGUGAUAACCCCGAGGAACACCGCUUCAUAACCGUUGAUUGAUCUCGUUAUUAUCCCACAUUAAACUUGAAUAAUUUAUGGAUAAAUUCUUGAAAAAGGUCAACAUAAUAGAAAAAAGGUGAAUCUCCUCAAUCCAAGAUGCAAGAGGGCAAACAAGGCAUCGUCUGAAGCUCAUGAUUCAGGUUCGGUGGUGCAACUUUGCUGGAAACCACAGGGGUUCUGGACCAUUUAGCAUCUUGCCUUCUUCUUUAGGAGACGAUUGAGUCUAUAAAAUGAUCUAAUUGUGAACGGAAAGGCAUAUACGCAACAUUACGACGCAUUUUCCACUUAUUUCUACCUAAAAUAAUAUCAAAAAUUCAUGAAUCUGUCAAAAACAAUGUAGUUUUCAAAAUAACUUCACCCACUCAGAAACAAAACCUUCUAGGACAAGUUUAUCCUUCUUCCACUUCAUAAAACCUAUUUUACCUUAUAAUUUAUCCCAAAGUUUUCAAAAAGCAUCCCCAACAUCAAAAAUGCCUAAAAAUCAACUCAAAAAUUUUUCAAAACGACAACUUACCCAUUCUCCACACAAAAACUACAAAUUGGCGCCAUAUUUCGUUGAACAAUGUACGUUAUACACGUAAUAUUCUUCAUCUUGGAUCCAAAAAAAUCGCACCGAGUUUGUCAGUGCGUCUCGCCACGAAAACAAACGAUAUAUCAGAAAGCCACCCCAAGCCGAGAAAAUCGCUUUUCAAAGUAGCUGUACAGGCCCUUUAACAAGGGAAGUACCCCAAGUGAGGCGCUCAGUUUUUUAUGAAACUUGGCACAAAUUUAGAAUAAUUUUUUCUAAGAUAUAAGAAUCUUAGCUCGCGCUUUGCAGAAACAACCAAGAUUUUUAGAUCGAAAGUCGGCCGAAAUUUAGGACUUUUUGCCGAAUUUCGGCACAAAAAGUUUCAUGCCUAUUUCAACCGUAAAGGCUAAUGUUUCUACAAAAAAUCAAAAUUUUCCGCUCGAAACUGCCAAAGUUAUGGCCAAAAAGCGGUUUUUUCUCUGACCGCCCUCCACGUUUGGCGUGCUCUCUCGGCGGCAAAAAUCGUUCGAUAUCUUGGCGGCGCCCGCAAAGCGCGAGCUAAAACUUUCAGGAAUUGAUAUUUAGUUCAUACCCGACGUGUUUGCAAAAUUUAAAGAAAAUCUGAGCGUCGCACUUCGAGUACUUAAGAUAAAAAAAUUGUAUUUUUAACACAAAAUCUUAACUUCAGGAUAUAAAUCAUUUGGAGGAUUUGGUGAAGACAGUCAAAUCAAAGCAGAUUACCGACAGAGGAGUGUUGAAAGAAAAGUUUGAGAAGCUGCGGAAGGAUCAGAAAUCGGCCAAUCAGCGACUGGCUGAUGUUAAUUUAGAAAACGAAAAAAUUGAUGUGCUUGAGGCACCGAAAUGGUAAGAUUUUUGAGACAUAUAUAUUUUAAACCUUAGCAGUUUUGCUUUCCUUAUCUUUGAUUCCAAUUUUGAUUUCUUUUCCUUGCACUGUGUCAAAAUAAAAUUUGAAAUUUUUUGCACAAUGCAAUCAAAAAAAAAUCGAAAAAUUCGCAAAAGAGCAAUCUCUUCAUUUUGAAAAAACUGUAAAUGAUAUUACCGACCAUUUCUUCCCUUCAGGCUCAAGGACAAGCAAUCUACAUCAGUAGACCCUCAGGCAAUGACAAAUCAAAAUAUUUUCCAAAUGCUCAUGCCACAAGGCGCAAGCCAUUUACUUGGCAUGAAUCCAAUGCUAAUUAGCCUCCAAAGGACGGCUGCUUUACAAUACCCAGGAAUCACCCCGAGGCGAAUUGGAGAAGACCCGUCAAAAAGCAAAGUAACCCCUAUGAGACCUACUACAACAUAAUUUUUUUUAGAAAUGUCUAAACUGCAGUCAACUCAUCCACCGGAACGCACCAAUUUGCCCGUUCUGCAAGACCAAGAGUGUGUCACGGAAUCCGCGGCGUUAUAGACGAGAGAAACCGAAUAAUUAG